UGGUGUCGUCUCCCCGUUGGAAGGGAAUUGGACGGGCUUGCUUCGACUCCACCUUCUCCCCUCCGUCGGCGUCUCCUCCGAUGCUGGGACUCUGGUGGGGUGGGGAUUGACUUCGCUCUACCCCAAUCCAACCCAAUCAGCAGCAGCUUCCCGCCGCCCCAUGCCUCAUCGCGGCCGGCGGCGAUGGGCGACGUCCCAGUCCCAGCCCCAGCUCCCCCUGUUCCCGACAUCGAUAUGACCCCAAGCCGCCGCCGUGAGCCCUCCGAGCCCCGCAGCGACAGCGACUGGGACGCUGGAUCCAGUCGCGAGGGUUCUCCCGACCUCCUCCGCCGCGCGCCCGCCGUGCAGAUCUCGCGCGCCUCCUCUUCCUCGUCCUCCUGGCUCCGCGAGAUCGAGCGCGACCGUGUGCGCCUCGUCAGGGAGUGGGUCCACAUGGCCGCCCGCGACCGCGACGACGAUGCCGGGCCCCCACCAUCCCCCGUCCCUGAACACGCGCGCAGGGACGCUCCCCGGAUCCGUGGCCGCCAGGCGCGCCUCGAGCUCGUCAUGCGCAUGGCCGCCGACCGCCAAGCCGAGCUCCACCGUCUCUCGCAGCACCGCGCCGUCUCCGACUUCCCGCACCGCAACAGAAUCCACGCGCUGCUCCGGGGUCGGUUUCUGCGCAAUGGCGGCUUGCCGGAGGAGAGGAGACCCCCAUCUGUGGCCGCAAGGGAGCUUGGCCAGCUGCGACAACGUCAUCCUGUCUCUGGUUUGAGAGAAGAGUUCCGCUUCAGAUUGGAGAAUCUUGUCCGUGGUCAAGCAGAUAGCCAAGUGGAAGCUUCUUCAGCUCGUGAUGUUGAAUUAUCUACAAAUGAUCGUUCUGAAUUAAGACCUUCUGAAACUACUCAGGAGAGACAUGAGUGGACAAGUGAGAAUAUAAGUCUUCAGCAAAUUGACAGUACGGCAACAACAUCAGGAUUUGAAAGUGGCAGCCCUAGCAUUGCUGAAGUCUUCUGUGGAUCUCAUAGUCAAGCAGAAAGUCAGGAAGAUUUGGAACAUGACAGAAGAGACUGGCAACAAUUUUCCCAGGCCGUGAUUGGAGAGGAAUCUGAAAGAAGUUGGCAUGACAAUGCAGACAUCUCUUCUCGUGAGGGGACAGCAGUUGAAGAGGAUAAUAACGAGCAUCUUCCAGAAGCAAAUGAAGAGUCAACCAGUGUUGAUCAUCUUCCUGAAGGACUUGAAGAGUCCAUCAGCAAUGGUAGUCUUCCUGAAGCGCAAGAAGAUCAUCAUGACAGUGAUCAUCUUCCUGCAGUGCUUGAAGAGCUGCAUGACAGUAAUCACUUUCAGGAAUCACAUGGGGAAUGGAGCAGAGAUGAUCGUCCUAUUGAAGUCUAUGAUGAGUGGCAGAGUGAUGAUCAUCUCCCUGAAGUAAAUGAAGAGUGGCAUAACGAUGACGAGUCUAAUGAUACUGCAGACAAUUGGCAUGAUAAUAAUUCUGACCAACCAAUUGACCAUGAUGCUGCUCUUAUUAGAAGAGCUAAUACAUUCAUCCCUGGGGAUGAUGAUAAUGUGUACAGCACAGAAUUGAGGGAACUUCUAAGCAGAAGGAGCGUUUCUAACCUUCUUCACAGUGCUUUUCGUGAAAACUUGGAUCGGCUUAUCCGGUCAUAUGUUGAACGGCAAGGUCGUGGUCCUCUCCCUUGGGAUCUGGAAGGAACAACUCCUGCCCCUCCCUCACCAGAUCAAAAUCAGGAGCAGCAAAGAGAUGAUGAGGAUCAGGAACUGCAGAACACUGUGAACAGGCCUCCUUUAGUGAUACCACCUCCACCUAUGCCUCCUCGUCAGCCACUCUGGCAUUCAGAGUUGCAUCGUAAUAAUUGGAUCAGACAAAACAUUCAUCGUUCAUCUUCUGAUAUUGAAUGGGAAGCCAUCAAUGAUUUAAGAGCUGAUAUGGCUAGACUUCAGCAAGGCAUGAGCCAUAUGCAAAGGAUGUUGGAAGCUUGCAUGGAUAUGCAGCUAGAGUUGCAGCGUUCUGUAAGGCAGGAAGUAUCAGCAGCCUUGAAUCGUUUCAUUGGGGAGCAAGGUGGUGAAAGUAGAGAAAUAAUUGACGAUGGUUCGAAAUGGAUAAAUGUGAGAAAAGGGACCUGCUGCAUAUGCUGUGAGACUCCAAUUGACUCUCUUCUGUACAGAUGUGGGCACAUGUGCACAUGCUCGAAAUGUGCGAACGAAUUGGUUCGAGGUGGAGGGAAAUGCCCGCUGUGCCGCGCACCCAUAAUCGAGGUGAUCCGAGCAUACUUCAUCAUGUAGAUACAAGGAAGACAGCAAGAAGAUAGAAGAAGCGUGAAUUGUUUUUGGUCUGUGUGGAGUUGUUAGCGGGUGGUGUAUGAUUGUAUUCAAUUUUGUUCAUUCUAUCUAAUGUGUUGGUUAAUUUUUCUCUGGGUUCAUUUCGUUUUGGUCUGCCUGCCCUAUUGUAAGUAAUGUACGGUUUUGGGUGUGGCGGCAGAACGGGGAGGCGGUCUUCUCUGAUUGCGACUUGGGUCACUGCUAAUUUUGUUCCACAACGAGUCAACGACUAAUGGUGGCUGGGGUGGUUGAAACAUGAAAAAGGAGGAAAUUACUGGUAUCUUU